AUUUGCAGUGGAUUGAUUACUUAGGUUGCGGCAAAGAACUGUGUUGAAGAAUCUCUUUCGCAUGCCUGCAACUCUACCGAGUAACAAAGCAAACUUUACCCUCUUCGCUUUCACCCCUCGCCAAGUUUUGUUAAACAACCAAGCCAUGAAGCACAACGCUGACAAUGGAACCCGUAACUUGAAACGUGAACAGAUGCUUCUUCUUCACCAAUCCAUUGCUCAUUACUUGGAACGCAGUGGGUUCUCCAAGACCCUAAAAAAAUUCCGUUCUGAAGCGCAAAUUGAGAAAGAUGGUUUGGAGGGUUCCUCUGUUGAUCUUGAAGAGAUGUGCCUCAAGUAUUUAGAAAUAUGUGGCAAGGAUGCUAAGUCAAAUAUCAAUGGUCAAAAGGAGCAGGUUGCAGGUGUGCACUCUGAAAACAAAGAGGGUAAAUCCAAGGAAAAGAAGAAAAAGAAAAGCAAGUUAGUUUCUGAAUCUCUCGCUAAUAAUGUGGAAGAUAACCAGUUGGAGUCACCAACUAUGGUUACAGAAAAUAAUGUAAAGGAUGGUGGAUCUAUAGAUGCCAAAGUUAUUAAUGGUGUUGAGACAGAGAAGAGAUCCAAGAAAAAGAAAAAGAAAGACAAGGCAAGUAGUCUAGGGGACACUACAGAGCAGAGUGGAGAUCCCAAAGAAACUGAUUCUAAAAAAGAGAAUCUCAAAUCUUCAAACAAAGAAGUGACAUACGAGGAGAAGAAAGAUUCUAAGAAAAGAAAAAGAUCAAUUCCUGAAGAAAAUGGUAAGCAGGUUUCAGACACAAAGGUAGAUGAGGAACCCAAACGCAGAAAAACAGAAAAUUUGAAUGAAUCUAAGGGAGGAGAGCAGUCUGGAAAAACAAAUGCAAACCUGGGAAGUGAUUUGAAUUCUAAUAAAGAAAAUAUUGCAGUAUGUAGUCAAGUUGGUGGUGACCAGUUACAGAAGGCAUCUAACGAGAAAACUAAUGUGAAAACAAAUGGGGACCUUGAGAAUGCUGGAGAGAAAUAUUCUGUGCAGAGGUCUCAGAAGAAACAACAAAAGGGAUCAGUUGAGCAAAAAUCAGUGAAGGCAUUCCAGCGAGUAAAAGUGGACGAAUUUGCUCAUGAGAAGCUUCUAGAUAACUCUUAUUGGGCAAAGGAUGGUGCUGAGAGUGGUUAUGGUGCAAAAGCAGAAGAAAUUCUUAGCCAAGUUAGAGGAAGGGAUUUUCGUCAUGAGAAGACCAAGAAGAAACGUGGGACCUAUCGAGGUGGACAGAUUGAUUUACAAUCCCACUCAAUAAAGUUUAAUUAUUCUGAUGAUGACUGACUGGGAAGCAUCGAGAUUUUUUUGUUUUUUGGAUCAAGGAAAAUUCCUUUCAAUGUUUGCUACUGGAGCACUUUGCUAAAGCCGGUGUUGCCAUGAUAAUUUUCUUAAUUAUGUUGUACUGAAAUAAUAUUAUUCAUUUGGACAACCUCGAUAUUUCAAUGAUUUUA